AUGUAUAUUACUAUGUUUCAAUUUAACAUGGAACAAUCUUACUCUUUUAUGGAACAGAAACUUAUGACCAUUGAACCUACAAAUGAACAAAAUUAUGUAAAACCCUCAUUAGUUGGCUAUAUUCGUGUUGCAUUACAAUAUAAAGAGCCAAAUACUAAUGGAGAAAGUAUUAAUAAUGACUGGGUAACAUUCGGUUGGACACAGAUACACUGUUUUACUAAGAAAGACAACUCCAACUUUGUUAACGAAACUGGUUCAAAGAUUUAUCCAUAUAAAUUAUGGACACGUGAGGUUAUCAAUCCAAUUGAACAAGGUACCUAUCCAGAAAUAUCAUAUGAUUCUUCAUGGACUAUGGAUUAUUUAUUAAUUCCAUUCAAUUAUUUAUUUUAUCACUUCUAUUCAUUACCCAUCAUAGAAACAGAUAAUUAUAUACCACUCCAACUUCUACAUGGGUCACGAAUCUCUCUUCGAGUUUAUAACCCUAAUAUUGAAGUAGUACCGAAAGUUAUAGAACAACCAACUAUCUAUAUAACUAGAUCAGUUCAAACUAAGGUGAUAUAUAGAGAAACAGUAGAUAUCGAAGAUUCUGAAUAUCUUCAAGAAGAACAAAUUAUAGACCAGGAAGUCGAGGAUAUUGAAGAAUUAAGUCCACCAGCUACUCCAAUCGAGGAUCUGUGGGUACCUUUCAAAAAGCUUGCACCAUACGAAAGAUUAAUGAAGCCAUCUUCAACAUCUGAACCAUUUUGUAUUUAUGUUGAUCAAUUACGCUUCAUGCCAGAUAACUCGACAAUUUUUAAGGUUACUGGUCGGUUAUUAAACACAAAGUAUGAUGAAGAACUAUCGGACAUCUUAAUAGUACCAGAAGAAAGUAUUGAGAUAAGAGAGACUAGUAGAUCACCAGUUUUUUCUCCAACUCAACGUUUUAUUGUUAAUCUUAGUCAAAGCAAAACUUUAUCCCAGAACUCUUUACUAUUUCUAAGAGUGUAUACACUUACACUUACAAAUCUAGAAUAUGUAGUUAUUGGAAACGUUCUGCUGAAGUUAUUCAAUUCAAAUGGUCUACUUAAUAUUGGUGGGCAUCAACUAAGAUUGAGAUGUGAAGUACCGAAACCAAUAUCUCAGAAUAUGAAUAAUAAUGAAGUAUUUUAUCAAGAUGAUUCAUUAAAUAAUGUACCUUAUAUACAUUGUUCAACAAUUCUUGUUCGUCUCUUACCUUAUACAGAGGAGCCUUUACUUCAACCGGAAUACAGAUUUAGAUCAUAUCGUUCAGCUGAAUCGACUCCGACAAACUUUGAAUGGGUUGUAUAUCGUCAACUUCAUUCUGAUGAAAAUAGGAAAACAGACAUACGCAGUAUGGUGAAAAUGAUUUUACGGCGUGAGGGUGAAUUCGACAAAUCUUCAGAACAAAAUGACUUCUUAACUCCUGAUUAUCUAUAUCGUUACACACUUCAACGAUUGUCAAUUAAAAGAAAUAUAACUACAAAUGGUAUACCAAACCAAAUGAUUUCAGCGUUUCCAUUUUUCUAUCGUGUAAAUGACGGUUUUCUGUUGAGUUUAAAGAACGUUAAGGGUUUGACAGUAAAAGAAGGAGAUUAUAUUUUUGGUUUGGCUAAAGUUAUACGAGGCUCUGAUACUAGUCUUAAGCCAGUUAACAAAUUUUAUGGUUUUGGCAGUGAUGAUGAUUUGUUAUUCGACAGAUUUGAUUCAACAAUGUCUCUUGAAAAUCCUAAAUGGGAAGACGCACCUCAACUUACUAAACCAUACUACGAUUCUAAUGCAUUAUUAAUCAUACAGAUAUUUAGAGUGCCUUUAGUAUUCACUAUUGGUGGAUCAAUAAGUAUAACCAAAUCAGGCAACUGGUUCAUUCCACAACUGGUUUCUCGAAAACCAAACAAACAACAAAUCACUAAAUUACGAAGGAUUCACUUGGUUGGUUGGUCGUUCUUGCGUCUAUUUGAUUGGGGUUUUUUACGUAAUGGAACGCAUAAACUUUGUCUUCUUAAACCUCCAAUUCGUCUACGAACAUUAGAUAAGAUACAAAAUAAAGAUGAAGAAAAGUCAAUCAUGCUAAGAUCAGAUAGUAUUCUGGAAAAUGCAAGUCUCACUAUACAGUUACAAAGUGCUCGCUUUCUAGAUUUUGCUGAAGAAUUAAAAAUAGAUCAACAGCCAUAUUAUUCUCAUAUUCCAAACAACGAACAUGGUACAGUAGACGAACAUGAAAAUGUUAAUCAACAAAUGAAAGAGUCUAGCAGGACUAACUUAGAUUCCAUGGCGGAAUUCAGAGCUAAAUCUGAUACAAAUUGGCUUCAAAAAGGAGAAAUUGGAAGUGAAAAACUUUACACAGAAAUUCAUGAGUUUCUCAAGAAUCAAGUGGCAAGUUGUUCAUCAAAAAAAGAAUACAUGCCAUUAUUUUUUUCUCGGCUAUAA